AUGGAGCCCAACAACAACAACCGCCUGCACUUGAACUUCGGCUUCAACAACAAUGACAGAAACUACAACGCCGCCAGCAACCGUGUCUACCCCACAACGCCCUCCGCAUUCCCGCAGCCCAUCUACCAGGGCCAGGACUUCAUGGACGCUCACGGCACGGCCAAUCCUGCUUACGGACAAGGUUACUUUGUGAAUGGCCCUUACGCGCAGCAACCUCACUACCCUGUGCAGCAGCAGCAGCAGCAAUAUGCACAACACAAUCUUCAGUCUCCUCAGGCCGCUUAUGGCGCUCGUGUGCCCUACAACAAUGACGGCACAAAUGGAUUGAUCCAACAAUUUUCGAACCAGGAUUUGAGUGCAUCUCCGCGUGCAGCAUUGUCUCCACGCUCUGCUUCCCCUGCUCAGCGACCCAGGACUGCUGGCUCAACUGGACCGCAACAACAUGGUGGGCACCUGGCCCCGGGCAUGGCUAAUCGCAGCUCGAAGCCGCCCGGCGAAGAAGAGGAGCUUCAAAGGUUUCCUGAGAGGUACUCGGAGAACGUUCACAAACGUGGAAAGGCUGCGAAGGAACUCGUCAAUGUUUUCUUUCAAGAGAACAUUGAGCGUGCCCGUGAGCGCAAUAUGCGAUCCGUCAAUCUAGGAAAGUUAGUGCAGAGCAACAGCAUGCCUGAACCGAAAAAGCGUUCGGAAGCAGAGGCCCUGGCGAAAAAAGAGUCAAACUUUCUGCGAUUCCUCCGUACCAGAGAAACUCCAUCAAACUUCCAGACUAUCAAGAUCAUUGGAAAGGGUGCAUUUGGUGAAGUCAAAUUAGUCCAACGCAAGAGUGAUGGCAAGAUCUACGCUCUUAAGUCUUUGAUCAAGACGGAGAUGUUCAAGAAAGACCAACUUGCUCAUGUUCGCGCCGAGCGUGAUAUUCUUGCCGACUCCAAGGACAACCCUUGGCUAGUCAAGCUCCACGCCUCGUUCCAAGACAAUGCCUAUCUUUAUCUACUGAUGGAGUUUCUACCGGGUGGUGAUCUGAUGACAAUGCUUAUCAAGUACGAGAUCUUCUCCGAGGACAUUACUCGCUUCUACAUGGCUGAAAUUGUGAUGGCCAUCGAGGCCGUGCACAAGCUGGGCUUCCUUCAUCGUGAUAUCAAACCUGAUAACAUUCUGCUGGAUCGAGGCGGUCAUAUUAAGCUUACAGAUUUUGGAUUAUCAACUGGCGGCAAAAAGCAACAUGACAAUGCUUACUAUCAAAAUUUAUUGAAAAACUCCACAUCCAAAGACAAAAACAGGAAUUCAGGAUUCUUUUCGGACGCCAUCAACCUUACGGUUUCAAACCGUGGUCAGAUCAACACUUGGAGGAAAUCUCGUCGUGCCAUGGCAUAUUCGACAGUCGGGACCCCAGAUUAUAUUGCCCCUGAAAUUUUCAACGGCCAAGGCUACACUUAUCUCUGCGAUUGGUGGUCUGUAGGAGCAAUCAUGUUUGAGUGUCUUGUCGGUUGGCCUCCUUUUUGCGCCGAAGAUGCUACAGACACGUAUCGUAAGAUAGUGAACUGGAGAGAGUGCCUAUACUUUCCGGACGAGCUAGUUCUCUCACGAGAGUCUGAAGGCCUUAUUCGAAGCUUCCUAUGCGAUCCGGAACAUCGUAUCGGCAACGAGGGUGGUCAACACGGCGGGGCUACGCAGAUCAAGGGCCAUCCUUUCUUCCGUGGCGUGGUUUGGGACCAAUUGCGCAACAUUCGCGCACCGUUUGAGCCCAGACUGAGCUCAAAUGUGGAUGUGUCCUACUUCCCUAUCGAUGAAAUUCCUCAAGAGGAUACAAGCGCCGCGCAUAGAGCUCAAGUGCGCGCAAUGCCCGAAGAACAAGAGGCAGAAAUGAGUCUGCCAUUCAUUGGAUAUACCUAUAAAGCUUUCAACGCGUUCCAGGCCAAUUAA